CUCUGAGCGCGGCGCAGGCGGCCCCCGACAGCUCCUCGGUCUGGGCGGAGCGAGCGAGCUUGGUUGGCUGCCUGGCUGCCUGGCUGUCAGGGUUGCCUCUCUCCUUUUCUUUCUUUUCUUUCCUCUUUCUCUCCCCCACCCCCCUUAACUCCCCUCCUCCUGCUGCCUCUGUUGUUGUUGAUGCGAAAGGGGAUCAAGCGAGCAAAAGGACGUCCCCAUUUCCUCGGAGCGUCUGGAGCCGGCUAGAACUUCGCCAAAAGGAGGAGCCCUUGAUGGUUUUUAUUUUUAUUUUUCAGAAAAAUUAUUAGCAGUGGGGUGUUUUUUUCCUUCCCCCCUUCCCUCCCAUUCUCUUCCUUUUACCUCCUAAUUUGGGGUUUCCCACCCACGCCCGCCCUCUUGUCCUCCCUCCUUUUUCUUAUUCUUGGUUUGAAAAAGAAUAAUUUGGGGGCAGCGAGAAAGAGAGAUCAGGACCAUGGCUCGACCUCUGCCUCUGAAUCCAACUUUCCUACCUCCAACAUACGGGGUGCUGAAAUCUCUGCUGGAAAACCCGCUCAAGCUACCGUUGCAGCAUGAAGACGCAUUUUAUAAAGAAAAAGACAAAGAGAAAAAGCUGGAUGAGGACAAUACCAAUGCUAUGGUCCCACAGUCCGCUUUCCUGGGUCCUACAUUAUGGGACAAGACCCUUCCCUACGAUGGCGACACUUUCCAGUUGGAAUACAUGGACCUGGAAGAGUUUCUCUCGGAGAACGGCAUUCCGCCCAGCCCGGCCCAGCAUGACCACAGCCCGCACCAACCAGCUCUUCAGCAAUCUACCUCAGCAUCACCUUCCGUCAUGGACCUCAGCAGCAGAGCAUCCACGUCGGCCCACCCUACCAUGGUUUCUCAGAACUGCAUGCAGAGUCCAGUCAGGCCAGGUCAAAUCGUGCCUGCAAAUCGCAACACGCCAAGCCCCAUCGAUCCAGAGACCAUUCAGGUUCCGGUGGGGUAUGAACCUGACCCGGCUGAUCUCGCUCUCUCCAGCAUUCCUGGCCAGGAGAUGUUUGACCCCCGGAAGCGCAAGUUCUCCGAGGAGGAACUGAAGCCGCAGCCAAUGAUUAAGAAAGCCCGCAAAGUCUUCAUCCCAGAGGAUCUGAAGCAGGAUGACAAAUACUGGGCAAGACGCAGAAAGAACAACAUGGCUGCCAAACGCUCCAGAGACGCUCGGAGGCUGAAGGAGAACCAGAUUGCCAUUCGCGCCUCAUUCCUGGAGAAGGAGAACUCCGCUCUGCGCCAGGAAGUGGCCGAUCUACGGAAAGAGCUGGGCAAAUGCAAGAAUGUCCUCGCCAAGUAUGAAGCCCGGCAUGGUCCUCUGUAAAUGGCAUUCCCACCCACCCCUUUCUGCCCUCCUUCUUCUUUUCUUUUCUUUUCUUUCUUUUUUCUUUUCGGUGGGUUGGCAUUUGAAUCGAUGGACAGUGUGUUUAUUGCUUGAUAGCACCACACCCAAACGCCCCCAACCUUUCACCAUCAGCACUUUACCAGGAAAACAGAAACAAAACAAAAAAACAGCGUACAACUUUUUUUUCUAUGUGCGUAAACGCAUGCGCGGGUCUGUGUAUGUGUGGGCGUGUGUGCAUGUUCACCUCAGCACUCCCCAUUUUUAUUGAAAUGUAAGGGUGACUCGUUUUCACUGGGACUGCUGAAACCUGCCAUAGUUAAGCUUUUCAUUAAAUAAUUAAAUAUUUUCCAGUG